AUUUUAGGGAAGCGAGUGAUAACAAAGGUUUGGCAUUGAAGACCUUGGGUUAAGCCUUUUAAAAUGCUCAAAUUUCUGGAGAUUUUACAGCAAUAUUUUAAUUGUGAUAAAAGCCCAAAUUUCAGUAAAACUGGCACCACUGGAUGAUGAUAAAAAUAAUGAGCAAGGAACGUACAGAAUCCUUGGUAAUAAGUGUGGUGAUUACGCACCUUGCGCACGCAGCUGGUGGCGAGGCACUGAGGCAGGCAGCUGCAUAUAAGGGGUGUCAGUUCAGCUCACGUCACAUUAGCGGGCUGGACUUGUGGUGUGAAUAGUGAAUAAAAUUCUGUGAUUGGUGAAUUUUACGAAGUGUUAUAAUGGAGUUACCUCAUCUUGGCACCCACUGUGCUGAAUUAACUUGUAAUAAACUAGAUUUCCUGCCCUUCACAUGUAAUUUGUGCAAAAAAGAAUUUUGUGUUGACCACCACAAGUACACAGCUCACAACUGCGCUGAAAGCUACAGAGCAGAUGCACAGGUUCCCAUUUGUCCACUAUGUGACCAGCCAGUUCCUAGCAAAAGAGGAGAGCCCCCUGAUUUAGCAGUGAAUGAACAUAUGGAAAAUAAUUGCAAGAACAAGAAAAAAAAGAUCUAUACAAACAAGUGCUCUGCAGAUGGUUGUAAAACUAAGGAGAUGAUACCAGUUUUGUGUGAAUCUUGCAGACAAAACUACUGCUUGCGACAUAGACAUCCAACAGAUCAUGAUUGUAAAGGACCAACAUCUGCCAGAGAACAAGCAUUAAUGGCUGCUCUAGCAAGGUCCAAAACUAACAGCAGCAGCAGCAGCAGCAACAACAGCAGAAGCCAGAGUAGUAGCCGUGGUAAUAACCAGCAAAGUGCAAGAAGAGUUUUAUCACCUGCCUUCAAUCCUAUUCAACCUACAGGUCAUGCACGUUCAGAACAUGCAGCUAAAGUAUCAACAUUACAAGGAAGCAUGUCUGAGGAAGAGGCACUGUCAAGAGCAAUGGCUGCUUCUAUGUUGGAGGUGAAUGGAGAACAAACAUCAUACCGUACUGAUGGUGGUAACCUAGAACAAGAAGAUGAAGAUGCCUUACUGGCUCGUACCAUUGCUGCCAGCUUGGAGGAGAAUCACAGAAUAAAUAACAGGGAACAACGUAACAGUACUAGCAAUAGCUGCAGUGUUUGUUAAUACAAUAAGAUAUUUAAGAAUGUACAAAGCUGGCAAAAGAGAAUGGAACAUUAUAUAUAAGCAUGUUUGCCAAAAUGGUUAUCUGUUACUCUGGGACUAGACUUUCCAGUUAAAAGAGCACUUCUAAUGCACUUUCUUUUCUUAGAAUAAGCUUGGAAUGGUUGAUACAUAUUUUGCAUUUAAAAAAUCAUAGUAUGGAAAUUAUCUGGGGAAAGACAGUAGAAAUUAAUCAUAUUAGAGAUUCCACAAAGUGUCUUGCAAGGCUGGGUUAUAUCAGGUGAAAAUAAAGUAAGGUGCUAUCAUAUAUAAAAGUUAUUUUAUACACUUAACAUCCAUGUAUAAUAAAUAAAGUUACAUACUACCAUACUUGCAAAAUAUUUCAUAUGCUAACCAUCCCUGUAUACUCAUAAAAAGAAGUUACAAACUGAUGCAUAAAUAAAUGUUACAGUUGUAUAAUAUCUUGCUAAAAGUAGUGGUGUGUGGCCUUGGUGCUCAUCUCCAUUUCACUGGCCUUUGAGCCUUUGGUGGAUGAUAUCCCUUACCCUGGGGACACAGAGCCACUGUGACAUCCAGGUUUUCAUAGUUUACCUUCCUCAGGCUUCUCAGGUACUCAUAUAUCAACCAAGCCAAAGGAAGGAUGAACAGCUGAGUGAACUGUGCUCCAACUGCCCCAGCCUGGAAUUGAAUAGAGACUUGCUCAUUUAUAGCCAGGUGCCCUAACCUUUGCAUUAUGGAGGUAUUAUAAUUCCUAUAGCUGUAUUAAAACAGCAACAUGACUUUAUGAACUGACAAAUGUAUUUCGAGAAAUCAGGAGAUAAAUUCUAUCUACAACAAUUUUCUAACAUCUUUUUGAAAUUUUUCUGCUGCUUUGUGAGGAUGGCAUAUACAAAUAUCGUCAUAUGAAAUAAAGAUUGAAUAAAGCUAGUCUCUUAUUAUAUGAGGCAAACUCGUAUGAUGACAGUAAAUGGUGUUGAAGUUAGGCAACAGGCACGAGCUUAUAUAAAAACUAUCAAUAAUUGUAAUGUUUCCUUAUAAUAAUGCAGUAAAUAUGAAUAGAUGUUACAUGUAUUCUCAUUUACUGCAUUAUCAAUAACCUUUGAGAAGAUUGAAGAUAUUUAUGAACAAAAUUUAAUACCACUUACUAUGUAUAAAAUUUGCACCUGACAAACUGAGUUGAUUCAAAUUUGUGCCAUAUUUAUGAACAAAAUUUAAUACCAUUCAUAGGAUUUGCAUUUGACAAAUUAGGCUGGCUUAAACUCUUCUUGCCAUAUGUCCAGCAGAAACAUAGGUAAAAAAUCAAACCUCACUAAACUGGACUACUACUGAUUCUUUCACUAAACAUUUGUAGACUAAUUCAUUGAUACUUUUCGUGCUGUGCCUUUCUUGUUCUAUACAGGUCUUUCCCCUUGCUUUAAAAGUGCCCAACUUAACUUAGUUUUACUAUACUCUGUGUGUGUGUGUUUGUGUGUGUACUGAUACUGAGAAGACAGUAAAGAUAUUGGAAAAGUUAUUUUCAUGAAAGAUAAGUUGUAUAUUUGAAACAAAAAUUAAUAAUAGUUUUCCCCUUUGACAGGAUUGUAUUGAUUUAAAACAAUUAUAAUCUAUUUUAAUAUGAAAAAUUAGUUUAAAUCAUGGUGAGACUUUUUACUAAUAUCAAUUUUGUAUUCAGCUGACUUGAAUAGAUAGCUGCAUAAUGUACAAAGGUAUUUCAUCCAUAGAGAUGUAAUACACCAUACAUUUUUUUAAUGACA